CUUCUGGGAAACUUUGCAUGCACCCAGAGCUAAAACGACUCCCUCCGCUAUCAAAACGCAGUACAAGAUCAGCUGGCAAACACCCCUCAAAUGUCACAGGCCGGGAUGCAAUAAUCCAUUUAAACCACACGGUGUCGGUGUUUCUCUAUUGGAUCACUUGACUGGCCUCCAAGCAAGCUGGCCUCCCUCAAAGGAGUGUGUCGCCUUCCGCUCAGAACCCGCACUCAGAGCUCUUCUCGAGGUGUUGUUCUUCCAUCCUUAACCACCUCGCGAUGCAGACCCUCUCUCCACAAGGCCUCAUCUAGGCCUACGCGCUCUUUCAGGGUGAGCACGGCCCGCUCUGGUAUGUGCUGAUUUCUCGGGAAAAGUUGUUUGUGCACGGCUUUCCUCCUGGAUUACUUGUGGAGAUUAGUGAUGGGGAAUGCCGGGGGCUCGGAGCAGGAGUCACUGCCCGACGGCCGCGAGUCCAGGAGCUCGGUGGGCACGGCGUCCGUCAUGAGCGAGCCCGGCGCCCCGACGCUGCCCAAGAAGCAGCCGGCUCCCAGCAAGCUGCCCUUGCCCGCCGAGGAAGAGCUGGAGGAGCGCUUCAAUGUAGUGUUGAGCUACAUGAACCUGCCACCAGAUAAACUGCAGCUCUUGAGUCAGUAUGACAACGACAAGAAAUGGGAGCUAGUCUGUGACCAGGAACGCUUCCAGGUGAAAAGUCCUCCGUCCACGUACCCAGCAAAGAUCCGGAGCUUCUACCAGGACCAAGUGGUGGUGGCUCGCCGGAAGAAAAAAAUCCAAGAUGCCACCAAGGUCCUCAAGGAUUUGGAAAUAUCCCUGCGCACCAACCACAUCGGUUGGGCUCAAGAGUUCCUCAAUGAGCAGAAUAAAGGUCUGGAUGUGUUGGUGGAGUAUUUGUCUCAGGCCCAGUGCGACGCCCCGUUUGACGUGGAGAACGAGAACGGCGGCACCCUGAGCGACAGAUCGAGGCCUGUCAAUGGGAGGUCCAUUGAGGACUUGACCAAGAUCGGUGGCGGCGGCGGCGGCGGUGGCGGCGGCGGUGGUGGCGGCGGCUCGCACUCGCACGGGGUGACCCGAGCGGCACGAGCGUUCACAGUGAGAAUCAGCUCCACUAUUGGGAACAAGAUGCUCAAGAAGUCUCAUUCACCAAGUCACAGAGAUGACGUGCACGUGUGCAUCAUGUGCCUGAGGGCCAUCAUGAACUAUCAGUCGGGUUUCAACCUGGUCAUGACGCACCCGCGUUGCGUCAAUGAGAUCACGCUCAGUCUGAACAGCAGGAAUCACAGGACCAAGGCCCUGGUGCUGGAGCUGCUGGCUGCCGUCUGUCUGGUCAGAGGAGGACAUGACAUCAUCCUGUCGGCCUUUGACAACUUCAGAGAGGCAAGCAAAGAAAAGUAUCGCUUUGAGAAGCUGAUGGAGUAUUUCGUCAAUGACGAUUGCAACAUUGACUUCAUGGUGGCCUGCAUGCAGUUCAUCAACAUUGUGGUCCAUUCCGUGGAGAACAUGAACUUUCGCGUGCACCUGCAGUACGAGUUCACCAACUUGGGCUUGGACAAAUAUCUGGAAAGUCUGCGGCAAACAGAGAGCGAGAAGCUCCAGGUGCAGAUUCAGGCCUACCUGGACAACGUGCUGGACGUCGGUGCUCUAUUGGAGGACGUCGAGAGCCGAGGCGGCGUUCUGGAGCACGUGGACCAGCUGCAGGACCACAACGUUCAGCUCAAUGCUCAGCUCCAAGAGAUGGAGUCUCAGAGUGCAGAGAAGAUUUCCGAGCUCGAGACUCAACUCAUGCAGGCCACCAAAGAGGCCGAGUUGCUCAAAGAAAGCCUGAGAGACUCGUGCUCUCAGGUGAGCACCUUGCAGCAGAGGGAACGGGAGAAGGAGCUGGACAGAGAGCGGGAGAAAGAGAGGGAACGUUUGAGCAUGGCAGCUUCUCAGGCACCGUCUGAGCUGGAGCAGAAGAUCCAAGAGCUGCAGGAGAAGGGUCUGAUCUGCUUGACCAGGACCCCCUCGGGAGGUUUGGACAUCAAAGUUGUGCCCAUCACCGUGACCGAUUACGUUUCGGCACCAACAACCCAUGCCGAGGUGGCUUGUGCCACCUCAGAUAUAGAUGAUCCAUCCAUGAUCCAUCCCUCGGCUCCCUCGACUCCCUCGGCUCCCUCGGUUCCCUCGGUUCCCUCGGCUCCCUCGACUCCCUCGGCUCCCUCGACUCCCUCGACUCCCUCGGCACCUCCACCACCACCACCACCUUCUGGAAGAGAGCCACCACCACCACCACCUCCUGAACCUCUCGCCAAAGGAGGGCUGCUACCACCUCCUCCUCCGCCUCCUCCACUUGUUAGUGGAGGAGGGCCACCGCCACCUCCACCACCGCCUCCUCAAUUUGCCGCCGGAGGAGGGCCACCACCACCGCCGCCACCUCCUCCUCCACCUGCCGCUGGAGAACGGCCACCACCUCCGCCGCCUCCACCUGGUGUUUCUCUUCCACCCCCUCCGGGAGCCCCCAGCAUUCUGUCUGGUAGGAUGAAAAGUAAGAAGACUAUCCAGACUAAGUUCAGGAUGCCGUUGUUGAACUGGCAGCCUCUAAAACCAAAUCAGGUCACGGGAACUGUGUUUCAUGAGCUGGAUGAUGAACAAGUCUUGGAGGAGCUGAACAUGGAGAUGUUUGAAGAACAAUUCAAGACUAAGGCGCAAGGUAACCCGACAGACCUGAUGAAGGUGAAAAAGAAGUUGGGGCCCAAGGCUCCCAGCAAGACAUCUUUGAUUGACCCAAACAAGGCCAAGAAUUUGGCCAUCACGUUACGGAAAGGCGGGAUGACUCCUUCGCAAAUCUGCACCGCCAUCGAGACGUACGAUCAGCAGUCCUUGUCCAUUGACUUUCUAGAGCUAUUGGAGCACUUUAUACCCUCAGACUUUGAGAUAAAGCUGCUGAUCAACUACGAGAAUGACGGCCGACCCCUCGAGGACUUGACGGAUGAAGACCGCUUCAUUUUGCGCUUCGGCAAGAUCCCUCGCCUGAGCCAGCGGAUUAACACGCUCACCUUCAUGGGAAACUUUCCCGAGAGUGUCAAACGACUGCAGCCGCAAAUCAACUCCAUCAUCGCCGCGUCCAUGUCCAUCAAGUCUUCGGCCAAACUAAAGAAGAUCUUAGAGAUCGUUUUAGCGUUUGGCAACUACAUGAACAGCAGCAAGAGAGGGGCAGCUUAUGGCUUUAGACUGCAGAGUCUAGACCUUCUACUUGAAACUAAGUCCACAGACCGCACGCAGACGCUGCUCCACUUCAUUGCCAACAUUGUCCAUGAGAAGUACCCCGACUUGGCCAACUUCCACACGGAGCUCCACUUUGUGGACAAGGCAGCCCUUGUGUCCUUGGACAGCAUCCUCCAGGAUAUCCGCUGCUUGGAGCGAGGGAUGGAAAUGACCAAGAAGGAGUUCAUGAUACAGGAUGACAGCCCGGUCUUGAAGGAGUUCAUCAAAAGCAACAGCGAGCCAUUGGAGUCUCUGAAGAAAGACAGCAAGACUGCUCAGGAGGCUUACUGCUCGGUUGUGGAGUAUUUCGGCGAGAACCCCAAAACCACGCAGCCGGCCAUGUUCUUCCCACUCUUUGUACGCUUUAUCAAAGCCUACAAGAAAGCAGAGCAAGACAAUCAGCUGAAGAAGAAAAUGGAGCUUGAGAUGAGCCAAACUCAAGAUAGCUCGCCAGCAAAGGCCGGAGGCCAUAAGGGUCCCCAGAUGCCCAAGAUGGACUUCAUUGCCGAGCUGAAGAGGAAGCAGGUGCAACCUCAGGUGCGCGAGGGCAAGGACGGUGCUUUGGAGGAUAUCAUCACAGAUCUAAGGAACACGCCAUACCGCCGCACGGAGGGUCGCCGGGCAGCUCAACGCGCGGACACCUAAAAGAGACAACAACCUCAAGGCUGAAAGUGGAUUGAUACACAAGACGUCAACUUGAAAUCUCCUGUCAGUAAAACAACAAGAUGCUCUGUUGACAUUUUAGCAGGAAGUUGCCUUGUAAAUAAAUACGUACAUUAAAGAUGUAUUUUAAUCCAAGAAAUCACCGUACAUUUUCAGAUGUAUGCCUGUAUUGUUCUUUAUAAAAUAAUAAAAAAAAAAACUUUUUUAAAUUUGAAAA